CGCGUGAGCUUUCCACUGGCUCAGUCCAAAGCCAUCUUUGCAUUGUUUCCUGCGUUUUUGCUCGGGCUGCUCGUGGGGGUUUUAUUUUGCCGCCGCCGCCGCCUGUCCCUCAAGCUUCUGUGCUUCCUACCUUUUCCCCCCAGGCGCGCACCGUCGGACUUGUACGCUCCUCGGGGCUUAUUUUUGUAUCUGAGCUCUUUUCUAGACCCCGCGCAACUCCCAACCCAGCCAUGUCAGACACAGCCGUGGAUACCAGUUCCGAGAUCUCCACCAAGGACUUGAAAGAGAAGAAGGAAGUUGUUGAAGAGACAGAAAACGGCAGAGAUGCACCGGCCAAUGGCAAUGCCGAGAACGAGGAAAAUGGGGAGCAGGAAGCAGAGAACGAGGUAGAUGACGAAGAGGAAGAAGUUGGCGAGGACGAGGAGGACGAGGAAGAAGGUGAGGAAGAAGAUGGCGAUGAGGAUGAUGAAGCUGAGGGCCCCACAGGCAAGCGAGCAGCUGAGGACGAUGAGGAUGACGACGUCGACCCUAAGAAGCAGAAAACUGACGAAGAUGAUUAGAAAGCAGAGUAAUUAAAAGAAAACACACAUUUUUUUUAAACUUAAGAGAAAAAAUUUUUUAAAGGCCAGCGUGACCGACUUCACCUUUGAAACUCCUGUUGCAAAACAUGCCCCCUCCUCCUUCCCCCUCGCUGCCCCCUUUUUUUGCUGUGGUCACCUUCGUCAAGUAGAGCAGGGGAAAAGCCCUGCCAAAGGCAGCCUUCUGCUGUCCUUGGCCCAACUCUGAGUGAAACGAAAGUGAAAGUCUCGCCUCCUCCACCUGUCGCGCCACCUUUGGGGGGGAGGCAUGGGGGGGUGGAGUGCAGCCGCACCCUGUCACCCCCACCCCUCCCCCCUCUUCCCCUCCCCGAAAACUUCAAGGCCCAGCUUGCUUUCCUAAAAGUAACUUUAAAGGAGAAUUUGUUUGUAUUUUUUAUUUACAUUUUAUAUUUUUGUACAUAUUGUGAUGAGGUCAGCCAUUUUUAACGCGAUCUCUGAUUGACCAAAAGGGGGGCUUUGAAGUGUGGUGUUUUUGUUUUGAUUUUCUCUCUUGCUCUCUCCCUCCGUCCCUAAAAACAAACGAGACAAAAUUUCUUGACUUUACUUGUGGUGUGACCAUGUCCAAACCAUUAUCAAAGGAGAAGAAAAAAAAAACUUGUAAAAAAAAAUUUUUUUUUUUCAAAAACGCAAAAAAAAGUCCAAUCUUUAUUCUGAGCAUUCCAAUAACUCUCUUCUGUGUAUGUACUUUAGCUGUACCAUAAAUAGUGAGUUUGUAUGAGAUGGCAAGGCCAAAGAUAAAAAAGGGUUUUUCUUUUUUUCCUUUUUUUUUUUCCUUUUUUUCUUUUUUGUCUAUGAAGUUGCUGUUAAUUUUUUUUUUGGCCUGUUUGAUGUAUGUGUGAAAACAAUGUUGUCCAACAAUAAACCGGAAUUUUAUUUUGCUGAGUUGUUCUAACGAA